AUGUUAGACCUGUUGAUAUGGCUGGUCUCAUGGGUCUCUGCCGUCGUCUGCUCCUUCUGUUGCGGUUCCGGGACAGCGAGCUUCCUCUGUGGGAAUGAGCUGAGAAGAUGCAGAGCCACAGAAGACAGUCAGGUGAUCCUUCGAGAUGUCGAGGAGGGCGUCGAGGCGAACGAAGAAAAGCUCCCGACUGCUGAUGAGCCGCACUUGGAGGACACGAUGGGAGGAGAGGAGAAGAUUGCGAGAGCCAAGGGGAGGGAGCUAGUGAGGCGGUACUCGAUCAGCCUGUGGAAGAGGAUUGCCGUUCGGGCCCUCUUUUACUUUUUGCUCUCUUACAUCCUUGCCGCCAUCAUUGUCGCGCUUGUUGUGUUGGUUGCUUACACUCCCUUCCCGUCUGUCGGCAGCUCAGACUGCAAACCUUCUUGUGCGAGCAACGAUGCUUAUUGCUGUACCUACUUGACUCCGGAUGUCCCCAAGCAAGAUGUCUAUAUCACCAUGGAUGAUGGAACAUCGGUCCAUGGAUGGUGGAUCCCGUCCUACAAUGAGAGCAACACCACUUUGUUAUACAACCAUGGUUCCGGGGGGAACAUCGCGAGUAAUUACAGGCUCCAGCGAUAUCGUUUCCUACGGAACCUCGGCCUGAACCUCUUCGUCUAUGAUUAUCCGGGUUACGGCAAGAGCUCGGGGGCUUCGUCGGAGGCGUCGGUGAUGAAGGCAGGAGAGGCUGCUCUAGACUGGGUAUUGAGGUCCAAGGGUCGCAUGCCUUCAGAGCUCUUUUGCCUCGGGCGAUCGAUGGGAUCUGCUGUGGCUGUUGACCUGGCAGCGAAGAUGGCGAGAGCACAAACACCCUUCAGAGGGCUGAUCCUUGAGAGCGCCUUCACCAGUUACAAGGAUGCGGCUUCUAUCAACCUCCCUGUCCUUGGCUGGAUCGUUCAUCUCGUCUGGGCGCCUAACAUGAACAGCCUGUCGCUGAUUUCCCGGACAAGAUCGUGUUUGUUCGAGUACCAUUCCAAAGUGGACGAGUGGGUGCCGUACGCACAAGGGGAAAAGCUUUUCUCGACUUCCGAUUCUCCUGCAUCCUGCAAGGAGUGGGUCUCUGACGACAAGGCUCGCCAUGACGACCCGAUGCCACAAGCAGAACAGAAAGCAAUGAGAGAAUGGAUCUCAAAGACAAGAUUGCAAUGA